AUGGCUUUGGCUCGUUUAGCUUUAAAGAAUGUACAGCAGAGGAUGGCCUCAAGCCCCUCGACCACCUUCUUUAGGAAUGUUGACAAUCUACAGAAACUGAGAUGGAGUUCUCAACUUGUAAAACGUUUCUCCACAGCUGGUGAGGGUGAAAAUAGAACAGAGAAGCGUGAAGUAGCAGUCUCUGAAGGUGGCAAGAAAUCCAAGCUCUUUCCUAGGGGACGCGGUCGCGGCAGUCUCUGGAGACGCCACAAUCCUGACUUCGCACCUGCUCUUUUGGAUGUUUUACCUGUUGGACUUGGAAAUGCAUUGAUUCAAGCUUCGGAGAACAUCAACAGGCUGUUCGAGAAUCUGAACGUGACUCAGUCACAACUUAUGGGUAGAUAUAAGGAGGACAACAAGAGCUACAAAAUCAAGUAUGCUGUGCCAGGGCUCGGGAAAGAGGACGUGAAGAUCACGGUGGAAGAUGGAAUUUUGAGCACUACAAGAAAAAUCACGAUGAAGGGAGAGCGCAAGGAAGAGCAAGAGGAAGGUUCAAAUGAUGAGUUCUGGUCUUCAAGAAGCUAUGGAUACUACGACAACAGCAUUGUGCUUCCUGAAGAUGCCAAAGUUGAUGAGAUCAAGGCUGAGAUGAAAGAUGGUGUCUUGACCCUUACUAUUCCUAGAACUUAG